GUGCAAUGUGCUCGUGUCCAUUUUUGGUCCAUCCUGAAACGCGAUAAGCUGUUUCGCUUGAUAUAUCGCACAAUCUGAAUUUGUCCCCAGAGUCGAGCUCAAGCCUAAGGCCUAACUUCUCAGAACACCAUGGCCACACCAUCAGACGCCAGUCCAACCUAUGUUUACAAGCUCAUUCCAUCAUCAGCAGCCCCACCCGACCCCCUCCCUGAUCGGCUCCCCGUGAGCGACCUCGACCGGGCAUCCAACUUCAUCCACCUCUCCACCGCCCACCAAAUCCCCAACACGCUCAAAUUCUUCUUCAAAGACGACCCCAAAGUACACAUACUCCGCAUCCCUUACGGCCCUCUCGAGAAGAACAUCAAGUGGGAGGAUCCAAAGGCAGAGGUGUGCGGUCCGCGUGGAGGGGAGGGCAUGUUCCCGCACCUUUAUAAUGAGUUUAAGCUGGGCAGGGACGAGGUAGAGAGCGUGCAGGCUUGGGAGAGGGGGGAUGAGGGAUGGGAUGAGGCUUUGCGUGCGGCUGAGGCGUGGCUUGUUUAUUGAUGGUGAUUGGUGUUCUUCUGCGUGAUGUGCGAUGAUCUUCAACAGGCUAGAGCUGUAGCUCCAACUUUGAAUGAAGAUUUAUUCGAUAAGUACGUUCGCAUGCAAACUACAAAUCGACACAUUACGCAUACUUUUACGCUGAACACCAUCCUGCUUUACAUAUAACAGACCUGCGACGCUCAAUCUCAUCCAGACU